GAAAGCCCAAACUGGCUGCUAUAUGCACGCUCUCUGCUUUGGGCUCUGCCAUGGUAAGAAAGCCAGUCUCUCCGUCUCGCAAGAAGAAGCCAGAAGGAUACUGGUGGUUGAAAAUAUAGGGACCUCGGUAUCGAGUACAAUGGCCUGGCAAUGGCAUUUCUUGAAUUUCUUCUUUUUCAAUUUGCUCAUAUACUCUGCAACAACCAAAGCUUCGCACUGCUCAAUCAAGGGGUUGCCACUUGUGAGGAAUAUUAGUGAGCUUCCUCAGGAUGAUUAUGAUAGGAAAGGUUUGUCGCAUAUUACUGUUGCUGGCUCUGUCUUGCAUGGGUUGAAAGAGGUGGAGGUAUGGCUUCAAACGUUUUCUCCUGGGUCACGCACGCCAAUCCACAGACACUCAUGUGAAGAAGUUUUUAUUGUCCUAAAAGGAAGUGGCACUCUCUAUCUUGCCUCAAGUUCACAUGAGAAGUAUCCUGGAAAGCCACAAGAAUUUUUCUUCUUUUCCAAUAGUACAUUUCAUAUCCCUGUAAACGAUGCUCACCAGGUAAACAGUUCUAGUGUAGUUGGUUUGGAUGGAAUUUGAACUUCGUUGCUACUGGUAUUUUAAGAAUGUCCAGUGUAGGUUUAUUAAUGUGAAAAACUCAGUGAUAGUCCAGUUCUUUUUUUGUAGAAUGGUCUUAUAGUUAGUAUUGUCGUGGCUGAGUUGUUUAGCGACUAUGAAUUGAAUUCUUUGUUAUUUUGUCUCAGAAAUCUUCUAGCGGGACGUUUUUUUAUAACCAUUGUGGUUGUUGAAACCCAUAGUAAGAGGUGUGCUUUCAAAUUUAUGGCAGUGGUUCUAACACCAAUCUGUCUGUAGUUCUGAAAAAUGAAGCCUCGAUUGCUGAAGGUUUUAUACAUCUCAUUUAGUAGUAGGACAUGGUAACUGGAUGAUUUUCUUUAAAUUUAUAGAUAUAUGAUGUCCAUUAGAAGCUCAAGGGCAGUUCAUGCAUUUCAAUUUGUCUAUUGUACUUUGCAAUGGCUUAAGUCAAAUUAGUAGUUAUCAGCGUGUUAAUUUUGAACUGAAAAGGGAAUGUUACAACUUACAACACACAAAUAAGAUUUCAGUUUCCAUUACUGCUUAAGCAACUGUAAUUUAAAUGAAUAUGUAAUUACAGUCCACGAGGUCCUUGCUGAAGUGUAUACUUUUCUACAUAAUGCUAGUUAUGUCGGUCUUUCAUUUUAUUAUUGCUUUUCAAUCCACAAAAUAGUGAUUUGAAGCUGCUGCUUCGUCAUUCUUUGUUUGUUUUGUUAUCAUAUUUCAGGUCUGGAAUACAAACGAGCAUGAGGAUUUGCAAGUGCUUGUCAUAAUAUCUCGUCCACCGGUCAAAGUGUAUAUAGUGACUCUUCUUCUGUCUUUAUAACUAUCAGCAAUUUACUGCUAUUGAUAUUUCUUUUGUGUUUUUUCGUGAAAAUGAAUAUCUUACUAGUUACUCUGUGGGUCUUUCCUACGUGUCCAUGCCUCCAUGAGUUACCCAUGUGUUUCUAGCAGUUGUUAAAUAAGCUUUCAUGACUUGGGGUUUCAUUCUUUCUUGGCUUUUCUGUAUCUGAUAAUUUUUAAAUAUUAUAUUUAAUGCUUUCCAGUAUUGGAAUUUUUCAACAACUUUGGUCUUCAUUUUUAAUACAUCAGUGCACCCUUUAGCUUUUCCUAUCUUUGGUGGAUCCUAUGUCAAGGUGCCUUUCAAAAUUUAUCUCCACAGUUAUGGGAGAGGAGAAGUCAUUAAUUUUUAAUAUUCCAAAGGAUAUGGGCCAUAAUAUGAACAGGUGACUUGAGAUAGGAAGUUCCCCUGACAAGCUGAAGCUCAACUGCCAUUGUAAGCUCCAUGUUGGUACCUCCUCACUUUGGGGGAAUAUAGGGUUAUCAUGCUGCCUUUCCAUAUUAUAGCCCAGAAAAAAUGUUUCAAGCUCUUUUGCUAAGAUUUCAGGCACAGUUUCUUCUUGUUAUCAUUUUGUACAUGCAACACUUUCAAACUAUCAGCUUUGAUAAUGGACUUGAAAUGCAUACCCACCUUGUGAUGUUUCUUGCACUAUAUGAUACGUUUGCCACGUAAUAUGCUGCAUGACAACUUUUCUUAUAAAUGAAUAUUGGAACUCAUUUUCACUAUUUUCUGCAACGUUUCAUCACUAGAAUCAGGUAUCAUUUCUUUUGAUUGGUUUGUUAGGUGUUGGUUUUGUGCACUAUUACCCAUUUUCGUAUAAAUGCUAAUGUAAAAAAUACUUGAGUACAAGAGGAAACAACAUAUUUAUAGUGCAACGAGAAGGCUUUCUACAUUUAACCCUUUCCAAAGCCGGUAAUGCUGAAAGCCUUGUGCACGCCCUUGUUUAUGUAAUCUUGAAAUGCAUGUCCUUUCUGUCUCUCAGAUUUUUUUGUCUUUGUUUCAGGUUCAUAUAUGAUGACUGGUUCAUGCCCCAUAUUGCAGCAAAAUUGAAGUUCCCCUACUAUUGGGACGAACAAUGCCUACAAGUUCAAGCACCUCCAAAAGAUGAGCUUUAGUCAGAAGCUGUAGCAGUGUGUAUUGCUUACACGAGCAUGAUGUUUUCGGUUGUGGAUUGUUAAAUUCUUGAUAUGAGGCUUUUUUCUUAGCAACAAGGAGCAUAGGAGGUUUUUGUUUUCUUCACUUGUAAAAUAGCAUAAGCUGAGAAACUUGUAUAUUCUGUUUUUAGUUCUACUGCUAAAUGGCUAGGGUACCUUUUGCAAAAUUACAAGCUAUUCAAUGAGUACAACUGUCGGCUUUUCUACGAACAAACUUGACAAAAUAACACUUCUAUUCUAACGUUAAGCUGAAGCCCAAAGUUUAUAAUAAACUGACAGCAUUCGCUCUUCUGCUACAGAAUCUAGAAUGGCAAUGUCCAUCAACCCGUAUAAAUCCAUUGUGCUCGCCAAAAGUUUCAAGUUCCAUAUUGUUUCAGAUGAUGUGAAUGCUUUGUGCCCAAUGAAGAGAAAAUUCUUAAACCCUAAUUUUUAUGUAAAACGUCGCUAGAAAGAUUAAACUUUUAGCUCAAACUUCAGUAGGUCUUCAGCUUGUUUUCUUUUAAAGACCCAUAAUCAAAUGAAGCUCUCUGCUCGGAAAUUCAAUUCAGCUUUGGCAGUCUAGUCAUGAACAAGUCUGAUUUUUUUCCAAUUAGAAAUUAAAAAAAAAAAAGAUUAAUGGUAUAAUAAAUGAAAAUUAACUAUCAGUUAACGCCAAUAUUCAUGUUCAUGCAGCCAACAUCACAUGUAUUAAUUAAUUGGAGAUAGUUGUAAGAACAUACCAAGACUUUUAACUAAAUCGACCAUCAUGGGUCGGGCAUUCAGUUAUUGAAAACAGUCAAAACCACUUUUGUUGACCUCAACAAAGCAAAAUUCAAUCCUUUAACAACAUUGUUUUUGGUUCCUUCACCAUCGAACUGAAACAACAAAUUUCACGAACCAGAUUUUUUGGAGGUUCAAUUAAAAAAAUGUACUUUUUAUAUUGAAUAUUUCAAUUAUUGCUUAAAAUAAAAAGGUAAAUUAUAUGCACCAAAAAAAAUGAAUAUGUGCUUUAAAAGUACUGAAUAAGCUGUGAUUAAUCAAAUGGCAAGUAAACCUUCAAUUGCAAGAAAAUUAUCACAACGUAUUUGGAAAAACAACCAGCCCGUUGACUGAAACCUAACUAGGUUGACUCGCCAUUGAAAUAGGCAUGACAGGAAAAUAAAUUCAAAGGAUUAUAGAAAUGGCUUCAUUUUCACACAAGAUUUUCUCUCCGAGGAAUGUUCUGUUCCUCACAAUCUCACCUACCUCUCUCCUUCCUUUUGUUUUAUUUUUUUUAUCACCAUUAGUUUUCUGUUUUCUCCUAAACCUUCUCUUAACCAGCCUAGCAGUGGCAGCUACUCUUCUCCCCUAAUCCCCCCCUACCCAUUAACAUCUGCCCCACCCACCUUCCCAUUUAGGACAGGAUGGCCUCCUGCACCAUUCUCUUUCUCUAUCAUGGCCUCCUGUCUCUUCUUCUCUUCUUCCUCUCCUCUACGUCCAUCAUUGCAGCUGCUACCGCUUCCUCCUCCUCUGCCGGAAUCCGCCUCGGCCUUAUACGAAAACCUUCGUCUGAUGUCCCUGCCUUCAGGGAAGCCCCUGCAUUUCGCAAUGGGGAUUCCUGUGGAACUGAAAUAGUCCAUAUUACCAUGACCUUGGACGCCAAUUAUCUCAGAGGCACCACGGCUGCAGUUUUAUCCAUUCUUCAGCAUUCUGCUUGCCCUGAAAACAUUGAGUUCCACUUCCUCUGGGGACGUUCCGAGCCAGAGGUCUUCUCCAAAAUCAACUCCACCUUUCCUUACCUUCAGUUCAGGUUCCACCGAUUUGACUCGAACCGUGUUCGUGGCAAGAUAUCUAAAUCCAUUCGUCAAGCCCUGGAUCAGCCUUUAAACUAUGCAAGAAUCUACCUUGCUGACAUACUCCCACAAAACGUUAAACGCAUUAUCUAUCUAGAUUCCGAUCUCGUUGUUGUUGAUGAUAUUGCAAGAUUAUGGGAGGUUGAUUUAAAGGGUAAGGUUUUGGGUGCACCAGAAUAUUGUCAUGCAAAUUUUACCAAGUACUUCACUGAAUUAUUCUGGUCGAAUCCUGUCUGGGUUAGAACAUUUCAAGGAAGAAAGCCAUGUUAUUUUAACACAGGGGUUAUGGUGGUGGAUGUAGAAAUGUGGAGGCAUGGUGGGUAUAUGCAAAAAGUUGAGUUCUGGAUGGGAGUGCAAAAGCAUAAGAGGAUAUACAACUUGGGUUCACUGCCACCAUUUUUGUUGGUUUUGGCUGGGAACAUAAAAGCAGUGGAUCACAGGUGGAAUCAACAUGGGUUAGGGGGUGAUAACAUUGAAGGUAAGUGCAGGAAUUUGCAUCCUGGGCCAAUUAGUUUGCUUCACUGGAGUGGGAAAGGGAAGCCAUGGUUAAGACUCGACUCAAGAAAGCCAUGUUCUGUGGAUUAUCUUUGGGCUCCGUAUGAUCUCUAUCGCUCAUCAUCAACGCAUUCUUUGGAAUAAUAAUGAGAUUGUUGGGGAAGAUCAUAAAAGAAUUGGAGAAGAAGGAGACAACAGAAUGGUGGAAAGGGUAGGUAGUUUUAGGAGAUGGAAGGAGAUGAUAAAAUGAGAAGUGACGUCGUAGGGUAAUUAAGACAAAAAGAAACUCAAACCCCUGUAUUGAAGUGUUUUGUAUUUAUAUAAGAGGGGGAGAAAACAUUGUCUGGGUUCUAAUGCUGCAUUUACAAACAGCAUGGGGAUUGAUGUGAGCUUCAUUCACUCAUUCAAUUAACUAUUUGUUUUUAAGAAUGAAAUACGAUCCAUUCUCUUUUAAUUAAUGAUUUCAAUCAUUCAAAAUUUUCUGUUGAAUGACCGAAUCAGU